UAUACGAUACAGAAGCAGAUGUCUGACGACUAAACAAACAAUCGCGAUAUUGGUUUGUUAUAUAUCACCUAUCCAUCACGAUGUUGUGUUUCUGAUAAGCGUGGCUGAUUUCAGUCUUCAGUGAAUAUGACCGUGUCGCUGUGGUCUGUGUGGAGUGUCCAGGGUAAUGCAUCUGUUUUUAUAAACCUGUCAAAAUGCAUGUCACGUCCGCAAGGUCACGCACGCAGACGCGAGGCCGAGCGCGCUCAAAUCAAGUUUGCUUUUCGCACAUUCAUUUGAACAUCAGUGACCGCAGCAUGAGCAUGAGCAGGUGCAGGAGCCGUCUCAGUCCAGAGCGGACUAGCAUGGCCAUGACGGGAGGCAUGGCAGCGCCGCUCCCGAUGAGUAACCACACACGUGAGAGAGUCACGGUGGCCAAACUCACGCUGGAGCACUUCUACAGCACCCUGCUCACCCAGCACGAGGAGCGGGAGAUGAGGCAGAAGAAGCUGGAGAUGGUGAUGGAUGAGGAGGGUUUACCUGAUGAAGAGAAGAGUAUGAGGCGCUCUCUGCACGCUCGUAAGGAGACCGAGUUUCUGCGGCUCAAGAGGACCCGCCUUGGUCUCGAUGACUUUGAGUCCCUCAAAGUGAUCGGGAGAGGAGCAUUUGGAGAGGUCCGCCUGGUUCAGAAAAAGGACACGGGUCACAUUUAUGCCAUGAAGAUCCUCAGGAAAUCAGACAUGUUAGAGAAAGAACAGGUGGCUCAUAUCCGGGCCGAGAGAGAUAUCCUGGUGGAGGCUGAUGGCGCCUGGGUAGUGAAGAUGUUCUACAGCUUUCAAGAUAAACGCAAUCUGUAUCUCAUCAUGGAGUUUCUGCCUGGAGGAGAUAUGAUGACUCUGCUGAUGAAGAAAGACACGCUGUCGGAAGAAGCUACGCAGUUCUAUAUUGCAGAGACGGUCCUGGCCAUUGACUCCAUUCACCAGCUGGGCUUCAUUCACAGAGAUAUCAAACCUGACAACCUGCUGCUCGACUCACGGGGCCAUGUCAAACUGUCUGACUUUGGCCUCUGCACAGGCUUGAAGAAAGCCCAUCGGACUGAAUUUUACAGGAACCUCACACAUAACCCUCCCAGUGACUUCUCCUUCCAAAACAUGAAUUCAAAACGGAAAGCAGAAACAUGGAAGAAGAACCGAAGACAGCUGGCAUAUUCAACCGUCGGGACGCCAGACUAUAUCGCCCCUGAGGUAUUCAUACAGACGGGCUACAACAAGCUGUGUGACUGGUGGUCUCUUGGAGUGAUAAUGUACGAGAUGUUGAUAGGCUACCCACCCUUCUGUUCCGAGACGCCACAGGAAACCUACAGGAAGGUCAUGAACUGGCGAGAAACGUUAACUUUCCCCCCUGAAGUCCCCAUUUCAGAGAGAGCAAAGGACUUGAUCCUUAGGUAUUGCACAGAUGCAGAAAACAGGAUUGGAUCGGGAAGUGUAGAUGAAAUCAAAUCUCACCAGUUCUUUGAGUCUGUAGACUGGGAGCAUAUCAGAGAGAGACCUGCUGCUAUUUCCAUUGACAUCAAGAGCAUCGAUGAUACGUCCAACUUUGAUGACUUUCCAGAGUCAGACAUCCUGCAGCCAGUGACAAAUGUAACAGAACCAGACUUCAAGUCCAAGGACUGGGUUUUCCUUAACUACACCUACAAACGCUUUGAGGGAUUGACACAGCGUGGCACCAUCCCCACUUACAUGAAGGCGGGCAAGGCGUGAAACUGGCACUGAUGGUCUGGAAGAGAAGGAUUAGAAUGUAAAUGACAAUUCAAAUGCAGAUGAAAAGCUUAUGCACUGCCGCUUUGAGCUACACAGUAGACCUGUUCUCAGAGGAGUCCCUGGUGACGAUAAAAAAGGAAAAUGGAAAAAAAGCAUAAUUAUAUGGCCAAACAUAUGGAAAGACUCUCUUGUCCUGCUGCUUAGCUAAAAGGAGACACAAAUGUUGUCCAAAUGCUCUUCAACACUGGAUCAAACAGGGUCACAGAUUUAAAAAAAAAAAAGGAAGCAGAUACAUCACUGAAGCCUUACGUUCA